GACGUGGCACCGGCUCUCGGCUACGAGGGGAGGCGUAGCCGGUCGGUAGAGGGAGGCGGUGUUGGCGGAAGAGGUUCGGUGGCCGAUGGCUGCUCCGAAUCGGAAGUCUGUCUAAUGCUCCUCCUCGGUCCAGGAGCCCUUCACUGGAUUGACAAUGACAUCUUUUCAAGAAGUCCCAUUGCAGACUUCCAACUUUGCCCAUGUCAUUUUUCAAAAUGUGGCCAAGAGUUAUCUUCCUAAUGCACACCUGGAAUGUCAUUACACCUUAACUCCAUAUAUCCAUCCACAUCCAAAAGAUUGGGUUGGUAUAUUCAAGGUCGGAUGGAGUACUGCUCGUGAUUAUUAUACAUUUUUAUGGUCCCCUAUGCCUGAACAUUAUGUAGAAGGAUCAACAGUCAAUUGUGUGCUAGCAUUUCAAGGAUAUUAUCUUCCAAAUGAUGAUGGAGAAUUUUAUCAGUUCUGUUAUGUCACCCAUAAGGGUGAAAUUCGUGGAGCAAGUACACCUUUCCAGUUUCGAGCUUCUUCUCCAGUUGAAGAGUUGCUUACUAUGGAAGACGAAGGAAAUUCUGACAUGUUGGUGGUGACCACAAAAGCUGGCCUUCUUGAGUUAAAAAUUGAGAAAACCAUGAAAGAAAAAGAAGAGCUGUUAAAGUUAAUUGCCAUUCUGGAAAAAGAAACAGCUCAACUUCGAGAGCAAGUUGGAAGAAUGGAAAGAGAACUUAACCAUGAGAAAGAAAGAUGUGACCAACUGCAAGCAGAGCAAAAGGGUCUUACUGAAGUAUCACAAAGUUUAAAAAUGGAAAAUGAAGAGUUUAAGAAGAGAUACAGUGAUGCUACAUCCAAAGCUCUUCAGCUUGAGGAAGAUAUUGUGUCAGUGACACAUAAAGCAAUUGAGAAAGAAACUGAACUAGACAGUUUAAAAGACAAACUCAGAAAGGCACUGCAUGAAAAAGAACAACUUGAAUGUCAGUUGAAGACGGAAAAGGAUGAGAAGGAACUUUAUAAGGUACAUUUGAAGAAUACAGAAAUAGAAAAUACCAAGCUUGUGUCAGAGGUCCAGACUUUAAAGAAUUUAGAUGGGAACAAAGAAAGUAUGAUUAGUCAUUUCAAAGAAGAGAUUGGCAGACUGCAGUGCUGUUUGGCUGAAAAGGAAAAUCUGCAAAGGGCUUUCCUACUUACCACCUCAAGUAAAGAAGAUACAUUUUUUUUAAAGGAGCAACUACGUAAAGCAGAGGAACAGGUCCAGGCAACUCGGCAAGAAGUUGUCUUUUUGGCUAAAGAACUUAGUGAUGCUGUAAAUGUGCGAGAUAAAAUGAUGGCAGAUCUAUAUACCGCACGCUUGGAAAAUGAGAAAGUAAAAAAGCAGUUAGCUGAUACAGUGGCAGAACUUAAACUAAAUGCUGUGAAAAAAGAUCAGGAAAAGAGUGAUACACUGGAACAUGAAUUGAAAAGAGAAGUUGAAGAUCUGAAACUCCGUCUUCAGAUGGCUGCAGAUCAUUAUAAAGAAAAAUUUAAGGAAUGCCAGAGGCUCCAAAAGCAAAUAAAUAAACUUUUAGACCAAUCAGCCAAUAAUAAUAGUGUCUUCACAAAGAAAAUUGGGAAUCAGCAGAAAGUGAAUGAUGCUUCAAUAAACACAGACCCAGCCACUUCUGCCUCUACUAUAGAUGUAAAGCCAUCAUCUUCUGCAGCAGAGACAGAUUUUGACAUGGUAACAAAGGGACAAGUCUGUGAAAUGACCAAAGAAAUUGCUGACAAAACAGAAAAGUAUAAUAAAUGUAAACAGCUCUUGCAGGAUGAGAAAAUAAAAUGCAAUAAAUAUGCUGAUGAACUUGCAAAAAUGGAGCUUAAGUGGAAAGAACAAGUGAAAAUUGCUGAAAAUGUAAAACUUGAACUCGCUGAAGUAGAGGACAGUUAUAAAGAACUUAAAAGGAGUAUACAAAAUUCAACAGAAAGGAGAAUGGAAGGUCAGAAUUCCCAGAGUUCUCAGCAGGUCUCACAAGGUCUCAACACAUGCUCAGAGCAAAAUGGUCAUGUUCCUGCACUGCCAGAUGCACAACCACUUCUGCAGUAUGGUAAUCCUUAUGCAACACAGGAAACAAGAGAUGGAGCAGAUGGUGCUUUUUACCCAGAUGAAAUCCAAAGGCCACCUGUGAGAGUCCCCUCUUGGGGACUGGAAGACAAUGUUGUCUGCAGCCAGCCUGCUCGAAACCUUAGUCGACCUGAUGGUUUAGAAGACCCCGAGGAUAGCAAAGAAGAUGAGAAUGUGCCCACUGCUCCUGAUCCUCCAAGUCAACAUUUACAUGGGCAUGGAACAGGCUUUUGCUUUGAUUCCAGCUUUGAUGUUCACAAGAAGUGUCCCCUCUGUGAAUUAAUGUUCCCUCCUAACUAUGAUCAGAGCAAAUUUGAAGAGCAUGUUGAAAGUCACUGGAAGGUGUGCCCGAUGUGCAGUGAGCAGUUCCCUCCUGACUAUGACCAGCAGGGGUUUGAGAGGCAUGUUCAGACCCAUUUUGAUCAGAAUGUUCUAAAUUUUGACUAGUUACUUUUUAUUAUGAGCUAAUGCAGUUUAGCAGUUAAAAACAAGUCACCUUAAAUAGACCACUGAGGAGGCCACCAGGUGUCACUUUCAUGCACCCUCUCCUGCACUUUUCUGACCAAGAGUUUCUUUGAGUUUGGUGUUACUAGGGUCAGGGUCAGUCUUUGGCUUAUCAAUAAAUAUAAUUUUAACCUCUCUCAAUCCUACCUGCUUUAAGAAAAGAAGUUCUUGUGUGUUUAUAUCUUUAUUUAUUCCCUAGUUUGCAAAAUUAUAUGAAUAAAGGAUACAGGGAUUAUUUUAAUGUUACUGCACUGAAAAAAUAUGUAUUAGCGUGCUAGAUUUAGCAGAAUAUUUACAAGUUUCUGUGACCUUGUUGAUUGAGCAUGACUACUAAAUAUUAUGUAAUAAAAAGCAUUAUAACAAUCGCGGGAAGUAAUUCUUUGAAUACAGAAAGUUCCACAAUUUAGUCCAUAAUUUAGUUUUUAAAUCUUCUUUAGAAAUGGAGCUGCAUUGUAGAAUGAGAUCACAUGCUUGCAGAUAUCCUUUUUAUAUGUGAAAUGUUGGCUUUAGGAAUUAAUAGAUGGCAUAUUUUGCUAAUUUUAUGACAAAAUAUUUUAGAAUAACCUGAAUGAUUAUUUUAAAACCAUCUUGAAACUGUACUUAUACCUAAUGGGAAAGUGGAACAAGCUAUUUCAGUAUAAUUGUUAUGAUCUCAUGACAGUGGAGUUUGUGGCAUAAGACACAGAAUAUGUAUCAGUAUCAUUUUCACAUUUUCCUGAUGAGAAUAUAAAUUUGAAAAAAUUCUCAAUAAGUGUAUGUAAAAAAUGUAAGUGCAUUAACCCAAAUCAAUCAGUGUGUUUCUUUAGUUAUGUCUCUGCUGUAUAGAACUCUCAUUAUUAACAUUAAAGAGGACACAUUUUUGGAGGUCUAA